AUGGCCACCAGGGUGCUGACCAUGAGCGCCCGCCUGGGUCCCGUGCAGCAGCCCGAGGAGCCGGUGUUCGCGCAGCUCAAGCCCGUGCUGGGGGCCAGGGAGGCACCGAUCUUCCCCGGGGAGGACUUGAAGCAGCAGCAGCCGCCGCCGCCUCAGCAGCAGCAGCAGCAGCACCCGGGGGGCGGCGGCGGGGGUGGUGGCGCGACCCUGCCGGCGGAGGAGAUGGUACAGACAAGAUGUGAAAUGGAGAAAUACCUGGCACCUCAGCUCCCGCCUGUUCCCGUCAUCCCCGAGCAUAAGAAAUACAGAAGAGACAGUGCCUCGGUUGUAGACCAGUUUUUCACUGACAGCGAAGGGUUGCCUUACAGCAUCAACAUGAACGUCUUCCUCCCCGACAUUAGCCACCUGAGAACUGGCCUGUACAAAUCUCAGCGACCCUGUGUAACCCACAUCAAGACAGAGCCAGUCACCAUCUUCAGUCACCAGAGCGAAACUACUGCCCCUGCCCCUGCCCCCGCCCCCACUCAGGCCCUCCCCGAAUUUACCAGCAUCUUCAGCUCCCACCAAACUCCCGAUGUGAACAACAUUUUUAUCAAGCAGGAGCUUCCUACUCCAGAUGUCCAUCUUUCCGUCACACCCCAGCAAGGCCAGUUAUAUCAGCUCUUGAGCUCACCGGAUUUAGAUAUGCCCAACACUACUACUCAGGCAGCCGUGAUGGACUCCCUUAACAAUGUCUCCAUGCCGUCAGCCAUGGCGGGCCUUAACACGCUCUCCUCGGCUGUUCCACAGACUGCUAUGAAACAGUUCCAGGGCAUCCCCCCCUGCACCUACACCAUGCCAAACCAGUUUCUGCAGCAGCAGGCCACUUACUUCCCUCCUUCGCCCCCAAGCUCAGAGCCUGGAAGUCCAGACAGACAAGCAGAGAUGCUACAGAAUUUAACCCCUCCUCCCUCGUACGCCGCAACUAUAGCUUCCAAGCUGGCAAUUCACAAUCCAAAUUUACCAGCAACUCUGCCCAUAACCCCUCAGAACAUCCAACCAGUAAGAUACAACAGGAGAAGUAACCCAGAUUUGGAGAAAAGACGUAUCCACUACUGUGACUAUCCUGGCUGCACAAAAGUUUAUACAAAGUCUUCUCACUUAAAAGCGCACCUGAGAACUCACACGGGUGAGAAACCAUACAAGUGCACGUGGGAAGGCUGCGACUGGAGAUUCGCUCGCUCGGAUGAAUUAACGCGCCACUACAGGAAGCACACAGGGGCAAAGCCCUUCCAGUGCGCUGUCUGCAAUCGCAGCUUCUCCCGCUCCGAUCACCUGGCUCUCCACAUGAAGAGGCAUCAGAACUAA